AUGUGCUGCAAGAAGAAUCGCAUCAAUCCCCGCGCCGCCGACUUCCACCAAGGACAAUACACCAGCGACGGCACGAACACAGCGAUCUAUGCCAUACCAACCAGAAGAGGCUGCUGCGGUAGCCGUCGCCGUCGCCAUCAGCAGCGUCGAGGUGGCCUCAUCGCCAUGGUGAUCGGGCUCGUCCGGGAGCACCAGGCCGCCAAGCAGGGCCGGAUCACGGCCGGCGGGAUGAAUGACCCUCGGGCUCAUGCUCCACAGCAGCAGAUGGGAAGGAUUGUGCACGAUGGGCUAGAGGGUACUGCGAAGGAAAAGACGGAAGAUGCUGAGGAUGAGGUGGACGGACACUCGAUGGCGCCGCCUGCGUAUGAAGCGGCCGUCAGGAGCGGGUGA